AUGUACAUUGGUACAGAUGUGCUAGGCUAUUGUCCCAAAGAUAUGAAAGCUGACAUCUGUGUACAUCUCAACCGCAAGGUAUUCAACGAGCACUCGUGUUUUCGACUUGCUUCAGACGGGUGCUUGCGAUCACUGGCUAUGUUUUUGGAGGUAGGAGAACGGUUCCUUUAUAGCGAAUUUUUUGAUAAUGUACUGAACUUCUAUAAGGCUUUCGCCAACUCCUUCGCUAGAAACCUAGUCCUCACCUACAAUCUGACUCAUCGGUUGAAAUUUCGGAAGGUUGUCGAUGUGAAACGUGAGAAAGAACUGGACGCUCGACGGAAGAACGAGAAGUUAAUUCUUCCACCUGAUCAUCCUGUUAGAAAAUUGCUCUUUCGUAUGAGGGAACGACAUGGGCCCAGGAUAUUUCCCAGCCCAAUGUUUGCUGACAUAGAAAAGGCAGGAUAUUUGAAUCAGUUAUCUUAUACUGGCAUGAAGAAACAUCAUACGGACCAUACCAUGAAUCGCAUUUCAUCUGUGCACUCUAUGGUCGAUGAAACGUCCAACUUACUCUCUUCUAGCUAUAUCUCACGAUCUCCACGCGCUUCGAACAAAAACAAAAGGCCUCCUUUAGUGGUAAAAGCAUUGUAG